AUGCGGCUGACAAAUUGGAUAAAACUAGAUUUGGAGGUGAUGGUUGCCGUUUUGGAGGUUGGCGUACGAGGUUAUGGGGGUGGUCAUGGUGGCGGUGGAGGGUUUGGUGGUGGUGGUUCAGGUCAGGGUGGGGGAUUUCGAGCUGGGGGUGGUGUCGGUGGUGUUGGAGGUGGGUCUGGUCAUGGUGGAGGUUUUGGAGCUGGAGGUGGUGUUGUAGGGACCACCGUUAAGCGAGGAGGCGUGGGAAGUGGAGUUGGGGGAGGAGGUGGUGGUGGUGGUGGUGGUGGUGGUACUGGUGGAGGAUCAGGUCAUGGUGGAGGUUUUGGUGCUGGCGGAGGUGUAGGAGGUGGUGCUGGUCAAGGUGGUUGA